CUCAGCUUCAGUCGCUCUCUGCUCUGCAGCUGGAAACAUCCUCACUGCUGAUCCUGGAAUAACUUUAACUUUACUGAACGAGUUCAAAGCGUUUUAUUCUAUAUUUCUUUCGCGGGUUUAGUGGAAACUGAAUCAGUGGGAGGGAAAAAUGAGGCUCAUUCAGAACAUGUCGACCAUUGCGGAGUGCAGCGCGCCCGAGUGCUGCGUCCCGAACCGGGUGAUUAAAAUAGCGGUUAUUGGAGGCAGCGGAGUGGGAAAAACAGCGCUGGUGGUGAGAUUCUUAACGAGGCGUUUUAUUGGAGACUAUGAGCGAAAUGCCGGUAACCUUUACUCCAGAGAGGUCCAGGUGGAUGGAGAUCAGGUGACCAUCCAGGUCCAGGACACUCCUGGUGCAGAGAUGACUGAUAAUGGUAUCAGUAUCCCCGAUCAUGUGACGUGCUCCAUCCAGUGGGCCGACGCCGUGGUCCUGGUGUAUUCUGUGACCGACCGCCGCAGCUUUGAGCUGAUCGAUCAGCUGCACCAGCUGGUGGUCCGUACGGGCGGGACCGGCGUGCCCCCAUUGAUCCUGCUCGCCAACAAGGCAGACCUGCUUCACCUGAGGCGUGUAGACUCCCAGCAGGGCCCUUUGCUGGCGGGAACUCUGGGAUGCUCUUUCUUCGAGGUCUCCGCCAGCGAAGAUUAUAACCAGGUGCAUGGAGCUUUCCACAGACUGUGCUGCCAGCUCGCCAAGCAGCCGCCGCCUCCAACCGCCAGCGCCGCCCCAGAGAAGAGGCGCUCGCCCCUCAUUCCCCGGCCAAAGUCUCCCAACAUGCAAGAUCUCAAGAGGCGUUUCAAACAGGCGUUGUCUGCUAAAGUCAGAACUGUGACCUCUGUGUGAAGAGGACUGGAAGCCGAGGGAAAAGACGAGGAGAGGAUCUCUCCUUCAUUAGUUCUGAACCAGUCUGGGUGACGGAAACAGACCGCUCAGUGGCAGCAUCCACAGGGCAGCCUUUGUCCACCUCUUGGUGGAGAGCGGUCUCAUGUCAGAUGAGGUGUGAAACGAAGCAGGGAAAGAGGUUUAUCUGCUCAGGAGGAGACCUGUGAGGACACGGGGAAGCCGAUGGAGGCUAGCUGAGCCCACAGACUCUGCUUAUCGGUUGAUCUAAAGUGUAAAUUCUGCUCUCCUGGCAACAGCUGAAGGACGGCUUAUUUUUAGCUGGCCCAUUGUGGUGGUUUCUAUUCACAGCCACUACAUGGCCCUGUUAGCGGUUCCCAUUCAGCAAAUACUCUGGAGCUGAGCUCAGUAAUGCCAACAUCUGCAGUGUGUAUAAAUACGUGUAUAGUUUUGUUUUGAACCUUAAGGAUCAUCACUGUACAUGGCAGUGAGGUUUGGGUUGUAGCAGACGGGGGGUGUAGCAUGCUUCGACAAUGAUCACUGACGCACUUUAUGAAAACAAGUCCAAAGGACCUGUUAUUUAUUUGUUACAAGUUCACUUUGUAAUAAAAAUAAAAUGAUUUAAAUAUUA